UUGACAAGCCUAGAAACCCGUGGUAUAUAAACGCGCUAAGCAUUUCCUGGUCUUAUCUCUCUGCAAUUAGCAGCUACAAACGGGAGGGGGAGAAAGAAGAAAUGGUGUCGCUGAAGCUCCAAAAGCGGCUUGCCGCCAGCGUUCUGAAAUGCGGUAAAGGCAAAGUCUGGCUCGAUCCCAAUGAAGCUAACGAAAUCUCUAUGGCCAACUCCCGCCAGAACAUAAGGAAGCUGGUUAAGGAUGGUUUCAUCAUCAGGAAGCCAACUAAGAUUCACUCUCGAUCUCGUGCUCGCCGCAUGAAGGAAGCCAAGAGAAAAGGACGUCACUCUGGAUAUGGUAAGCGCAAAGGUACAAGAGAGGCUAGGCUGCCAACAAAAAUUCUCUGGAUGAGAAGGAUGCGUGUUCUAAGGCGUCUUCUCCGCAAGUACAGGGAAUCCAAGAAGAUUGACAAGCACAUGUACCAUGACAUGUACAUGAAGGUGAAGGGUAAUGUCUUUAAGAACAAGCGUGUUCUUAUGGAAAGUAUUCACAAGUCAAAGGCUGAGAAAGCAAGAGAAAAGACUCUAUCUGACCAAUUUGAGGCUAAGAGGGCAAAGAACAAGGCUAGUAGGGAAAGAAAAUUUGCUAGGAGGGAGGAAAGAUUGGCCCAGGGACCCGGGGCAGAGAAGCCUAUAGCCGCUCCACCUGCUUCUCAAUCAACUGAGGGAUCUAAGAAAUCCAAGAAGUGAGAUCAAAUUUAGAGAGUUCUAGAAGAUCCUGUUAUUGUGGCAGAGUAGUUUUGUUGUUCCUGUGUGGUUUAUUUUGUUUAUUUGGACUAUGUUACCUUAAGAUGGAACGAAGUUUAAAGCAUUGACACUAUAUAGCUUCAGUUUUCUUUUUCUUUACUGCUCUCAUUGCUUGUAUUUUGAUUCUUUAACUCUUAAUCAGAUUUUAGUUUAUUUCGUUUGUUAA